AUGAGCACAUCUGCACACAGUCACAGGCCAACGCUUAAGCAAUCGAAUAAGAAAUUCAAGUCAAAGAAUUCUACAAAGAGGUCAACUAAGAAUGUCAAUAAGGGCAGAAUAGAUUCAAAGCAAUCUUCUUCAAAAACUUCAUCCUCUAAUAAUCAAUUGAACAAGCAACAGCGUAGAAAUCACGCUAAACAAAUUCAAUCUAAUAAGAGAGAAUCAGUUUUACAAGGAAAGCGUUUAUUUGAAGGCAGAUUCGCUGCACCUAGAAUAAUACUCGUUUUAUCACUUACAGAGGAUGUAAAUGGUUUAAACGUUGUAAAAUCGUUAUUAGAAUCUGUUGGUGAAAAUGAUUCUGCUUUGGAAUAUCAGGGUUUUGGCAUUUUUAGAUGUAAAGUUGAACGAUUCAAUCAGCAAUUUCAAUUCAUAAUCCCUCAAUUCCCUUCAAAUAAUCAAACUUUCAUGUCCAUUCUAGAUUCAGCAAAGAUUGCCGAUUACAUUUUACCCAUUUUAUCUGCUACAAAUGAGGUCGGUGAAUGGGGUGAAACUACUCUUAGGUGUAUUCAAGCUCAAUCUUGUUCCGAAACUUUUGGUAUUAUUCAAGGUUUAUCUAAUGUUGACAAGAAACAAGAUACAGGAAUUAGACACUCUUUACACUCCUUCUUGAGCUACUUCUUCCCAAAUGUCUCAAAAUUAGCUUCAGCAGAUCAACUCAACGAACUCUCAAACACUAUUAGAUCUAUAGCUACAGGUACUCCUAAAUCACCAAGUUGGAGAGACUACAGGUCUUACAUGCUCACUGAACAAGCAGAGUGGGAUGGCACCCUACUCAAGCUCACAGGCGUUGUUAGAGGAGAACACCUCAACUCUAACAGGUUAAUCCAUAUUCCAAACUCUGGUGAUUAUCAAAUUGAAAAGAUCACAAACUCUCCUCAUCCUAGCCAGCUCAACCACAAACCAAAUGGUAACUCCAUGUCAGUGGACCAAGUAGACACAGGUUUGCUUGCCAAACCAGACCAAGAAGAGCAGGAUGAUCUCGUGUCUGAGAACGAAGCUGAUACAAUGGGCAAUGAACAGACCUGGCCAACAGAGGAAGAGAUGGCCGAAGGAGAGCGUCUUCAAGCGCAAGCUGAAGCAGAAGAGGAAGCUUCUAGAUCUAAAAAGGUUCCAAAAGGUACAUCAUCUUAUCAAGCAGCUUGGAUAGUAGACGACAAUGAUGACGAUCUCAGUGACGAUCAAGAUGAAGACAGCGAGGAAGAGGAGGAAGGUGAAGCCGAGAUGGCAGAAGAUGACAAACCAGUACACGACGAUGCUGAUGAGGAUGAUGAGGAUGAUGAAGAGAUCGAGAUGGACACCCGUGACCAAGAAUUCCAAGAUUUCGACGACGCCGAAGAAGAAAAACAGUACAAAGAAUACCUCAACCAAGAGAAAGAAGAUGCAGAGUUCCCUGAUGAGAUAGACACCCCAUUAGACGUAUCAGCGCGUGAACGUUUUGCAAGAUAUCGCGGUCUCAAAUCUUUCAGAACUUCGCCUUGGGAUCCUUACGAGAACUUGCCUAUUGAGAUGAGCAAAGUGUUCGAAUUCGAAAACUACGACCAGAUGUCGAAGCGUGUGAUCAAGAGGGCCAAGCUAGGUGUGGAUGAAGAUGAGCAAUCAGUCUCAGUUGCUCCUGGUAAGAGGGUGACACUACACAUCAAGAAUGUCAAUCGAGAUCUCGAAUCCACACAAUCGCCAGAUCUGCCUCUUGUCAUAUUCAGUCUCCUGCCCCACGAGAAGAAAAAGUCAUUGGUAAAUAUGACAAUUACGCGCAACUCUGAGUACAGUGGUAUAGUCAAAUCUAAGGAGACACUCACGGCUAUUAUUGGUCCUAGGAAGAUCCAAAUCCAGCCGAUAUAUUCACAGAACACACCGAAGGGUGUGAAUAACGUGCACAAGUUCGAAAGAUACCUUAGACACGGCGAUGCGAGUGUAGCUACCAUCUUUGGUCCAGUCACUUGGGGCAAGGUACCUAUCGUAUAUUUGCGUGAGAGAGAGGAUGGCAAACCACCUUAUCUCGUUGGUAGUGGUACAUUCAAGGACGCAGAUCCUACACGUAUCAUUGCUAAGAGGAUUAUCUUGUCGGGACAUCCAUUCAAGGUGCACAAGAAGACUGUCACUGUUCGUUAUCUUUUCUUCAAUCCAGAUGAUAUUGCUUACUUUAAACCGAUUGAAUUACGUACCAAAUAUGGCAGAGUGGGUCAUAUAAAGGAGAGUCUCGGAACGCAUGGAUACUUCAAGGCGCACUUUGACGGCCCUGUCACACAAAUGGACACGGUUCUUCUGUACUUGUACAAGAGAUCGUUCCCUAAGUUCUCAACCCAGCGUAUUGAAGGACGUCAGCAUAUAAGCAGCGACGAUCCACUUCCAGAGAAAGAAAAAGGCGAUGAGAAUAUAGAACAUACAGUCAAUACGGGUAGUGACAGACAACACUUUAUGGAAAUAUAG